AUGAUACUAGCUCAAACUGGAAAAAUAGAACUAAUUCAAGAGUCACUUACUGGGCAGGGAGAGGCAAAAGAGCCACAAGAAAAGAAUGUGAAUAGUCAGAUUUUGCAGUUCACACCUGAUAUGAUAGCAGGCCAAGUCCAAGGUGUUCUGGAUGCAGAUAAAGAUGAUGCCAAACAUAUAUCUACUGUACCAGAUGUUGGUUUGUGGUCAGAAUUAUCACACGAGGAAGUAUCCUACUGGGUAGAGAGGGGUUCCUCUCAAGUUCUGCAUCUUUGUGGACCAUUUUUAAAUUCCAAACGAGUGUACAAAAAGUAGUCCAGGUUUUGCACAAAAGCUCUUUUUUAUUCAACAAAAGCAAAUGGGGAAACAUAUAGCCGAGAGUGGCUUGCAUAUUCUCCCUGAAAAGGGCGGAUUUUUUUGCUUUGUUUGUAAACACUUUCCAAACCUUGCAUCUUCUUCCACAGCUUUAGCUAACGAAGGUUUUGAUGACUGGCACAACCGCCAUCUUAUCCAAAGUCAUGAAAACUCAGAGAAGCAUAGGAAUGCCAUGUUGGCCUACCUGACAAAGGCGGCAAAUGUUUACUUCCAAGCCAGAGGAACAAAUAAAAGCAGAACAGCAGUACUGGUGGCAUGUCAUGGAGAGAAUUAUUGCUGUAAUAUGCACUCUUGUAGAACGAGGCUUACCAUUCAGGUGAGAUGAUGAACACUUUGGAUCACCAAAUAGUGGCAAUUAUCUUGGUCUUUUAGAACUAGUGGCAAAAUUUGAUCCAUUUUUACAUGCUCAUAUCAAUCGGUAUGGACAUUCUUAUUUAUCAAAAACUGUAUGUGAGGAAAUUGUUCAGCUCAUGGCAAAAAAAGUUAAGGAUGCAAUUCUGGCUGAUGUGAGAAAGGCUGGAUAUUUCAGCUUUUCAGUAGAUUCCACUCCUGACAUUUCACAUACUGAUCAGCUGAAUUUAAUUAUCAGAUAUGUAUCACCUGAAGGUUUGCCAACUGAGAGAUUUUUAACUUUCCUUGAGCUAAAAGACCACUCAGGAGAAAGCAUGGCUGAUUUAGUAUUCAACUAUUUUACUACUGAGCUUGAAAUUGACUUUAGAAAAUGCCAUGGGCAGUCUUAUGACAAUACUGCCAACAUGGCUGGCAAGUACAAUGGUAUGCAGCCAAAAAUCAUUAAAAAAACCAAUUUGCAAAAUUUAUUCCAUGCGCAGGUCACUCUUUAAAUCUGGUGGGCCGUUCAGCUGUGGAUUGCUGCCUUGAUGCAGUGAACUGUUUUGGCAUGAUCAAUGAAAUUUAUACCUUCUUUUCAUCCUCCAAAAAGAGAUGGGCAGUUCUAAAAUCAUUUUUGCCACCUAAGUUUAAAGUGCCUAAAUAUUUGUCAGACACUAGGUGGGACACACAUGCAAAAGCCACAGAAGCUGUUUUGGAAAGUUACAGUGCUAUCACCGAUGCCCUCAGUCAUUUGUACUGAUGUUAAGGGGAAGGGGGAGACCAGGCUCCAAGCUAACAAUCUUUUGCAGAAAAUGGAAGAACUGGAAUUUGUGUUUAUGCUGCAUUUUUGGACCCGUGAGCUAGGUCAUUUUCACAAGGUCAGCAAAGCCCUUCAGAAAUCAGACCUGUUACUGAGUUCUUGUGCAAGUUUGUACAGUUCACUCCUGGAUUUUUUAAGGAAAGUUAGAGAUGAUUUUGAUGAGCUUGAGAAACAAGCAAAAGCCAACUUGCCAAAUGUCAACUGCAAAAUAAGAAAACAAAGAGUGAGGGAAAGGCAGAGAAAUGACAGAAGUGCACCUGACGCCUUAGAUGCACUAUCUACCAAGAGAUACGGUAAAUUUAGAAUAAAAUCCUUUAUUCCUAUAUUAGAUGCACUUGAAGCCAAUUUAAAAAGAAGAAGUACUGUGUACAGUGAUGUUGCACAAUUGUUUGCCAUUCUUGCUACUUUGACAGCAUCUAAGCAAUAAAUUAAGCAAGGUGUUGAACUGUUGAUGGAAGCAUACCCAGAAGAUAUUGACCUGAAACUUAUUGAUGAACUUUUGGACUUUCACCUGUAUGUGACACAAAGCCAUAGGCUUACAGCAGAGCACUCUCUGUCUCAUACAGACCUUUAUCAAAUUAUACACAAGGAAAAAAUUCAGAUGGCCUUUCCUAAUGUGGAAGCAAUCUUGUGGCUAUUUCUUAGCCUUAUGGUCAUUAACUCAGGAGAGAGGAGUUUUUCAAGACUCAAAAGAAUUAAAAAUGAAUUAAGGGCCACAAUGUCUCAAGUGAGGUUGUCCGCACUGAGCAUUCUGUACACUGAAAGUGACAAACUUAGACAAACAAAUUUUGAUGAAGUUUUGGAUGAUUUUGCUAUGUGAGGAAGGCUAGGAAAAAAACAUUUUAGCCUUACUGUAUUUGAUGGCUGUAGUUUACUUCCAUUUUAAAACUGACUUUUUAAUGGCAGCAUAAAGUAGAUUCUAAAAGUGCCACACUGUCAGGUAAUCAUGAUCAUAUUAUUUACACUUCCCAGCCAAUAUAGUUUGUAAACUCAAGGUGUUUUUUUAAGGAUAACAUUACAACUUCGUUUUCCUAAAAAUGAGGGUGGGGGGAGGGCCGCUCUUCAUCUAAAUCCGGCCCUGCACAGCCCCCCCCCCCCCGCCCAGGGCUGCCCUCAGGUGAUGGUGGGAUCCGCACAAGCAGCAGAUCCCGAGGGAGAUUUGUAUUCCCCACCCCCCCGGCCCCGCCUCGUGACGGACGGAGAUCUCCCCACACACCCCCUUCUCCCACAGCGGGGAGGGCCGCCCCCGCUGGGCGCUUCCCUCCGGCGCCGGCUGCGCUCUGCCUAGGAGACCCCCCCUUCCUGCCCCCUCAGAGCAUCCGCGCCUUUGACGUCCCUCCAGCGAGUUAGGCAAGGAAGACCCCCACGAAGGGCCGCUUCUCACCCAACCUCCCUUCGGGGCCUCGGCGGGAGCAGCCUGCUCAAUGCUCCCUUCGCCUCCGGCGCCCCCUUCCGCCGCGGGGGCGGAGCCCAACUGGCGCGCGAGGCGCGCGUUCGAAAGCAGCGGCAGACGGCCGAGAAGCGAGUGCGCACGCGCGGUGGGGGCGGGAGAGGCGCGGGAGAGGCGGCGCGCGCCUUGGGCGGAGAGCGCCAUUUCCCUGGCGAGGCCGGCGGGUGAGGCGCCUCUUCCAAGGCCUUGGGAGGGAGACCCUGUAAAGAGGUGCAAGGGCGCUAAAAGGGCCGCGUAGAAUUUCUGUACAGUGGUACCUCAGGUUACAGACGCCUCAGGUUACAGACUCAGAAAUAUUACCUCAGGUUAAGAACUUUACCUCAUGAUGAGAACAGAAAUCGUGCUCCGGCGGCGCAGCGGCAGCGGGAGGCCCCAUUAGCUGAAGUGGUACCUCAGGUUAAGAACAGUUUCAGGUUAAGAACGGACCUCUUGAUCAGGCUGUUAGGAGUUGUAGUUCAGCAACACACCUGUAAUAAUUAGUCUUGAAUAGAAAAAGAAAUUGUGUGCCUCAAACUGGGUUCUCCCUCUGUUCAUUCUCAGUUUUUAAAAAGUUAGUAGAUGAACAUACAUGUUUGGUUUUUUUGUCUGUUCUUUUCUUGCUGUUCCUGAUCGUCCCAGCUGUGCUAGGAAUAGAAUAAUACUCCGAAUUCAGACUGAGAAGAAAACGGAGACCAACAAUGAGUCACAAGGUAUAUUUUAAACAGUUUUAAAGAAUAUUGGUGAUUAUUCUGCCAGGGCAGAGCAGGACUUUGGCAGCUUAGUUCCUCUUUGAUCAAAUUUUCCAGCUUUCUCUAAAGUGUAUGUUGAGUUUACAUAACUGAGGUAACUUAAAAAUCUUUGGUACUAGCAUCUUGGUUUUGAUGAUCAUUAAAAAUGUGCACAUUCCAAUGCCACUUAUAUUUAGAUGUCCAGACUUUCCACAGUGCUAGUGGUAUUGGGCUUAAUGAGUUGAGGAACUUGAGCACAGUGUGUGACGACUCACACAUUCUCCAGUAGGAUGUUACCGUAGAUUCCCGCAUAUUAGACGACUUUUGAACCCCGGAAAAUCUUCUCCAAAGUCGGGGGUCGUCUUAUAUGCUGGGUAUGGUUGUGGCAGGUGGCGGCGACGGCUGGCUUGGAACAGCGAUGGGCAGAAGGAUGGUAAGAGCCGCCUCCCGAAGCAGCAGCAACUGCGGCAGCCUCCCCUUCCCGCGGUGAGGUGGUGCGUGGCUUCAGCCGGGGCUCGCCCGCCCUGCCACCAUGGGGACCACCGGAUUCCCAGGGGGAGGGAGGGACUUCCACGCACCAAACACCUCGCCUCGGGUGCUGCUGCUGCAACGGCAGAGGCAGCGGAGGGGUGCACGCUCUCCCCCUGGCGGCGCUUGGCACCCUUGCACACUGGGGACAGGAAACAGCUGUGCAAGGAGGCCAUCUCAAUAUGGGAUAGAUCCUGGGGGUGGGAAUAGGUCUGCCUGCCUUUCUUUCCACACCUAUUUAUGGAAUCCUGAUUUUGUGUAUAUGUCCAUCUGCCUGCGGAAGCAAAAUGCAACGGUGCUGAAUCCCCGCAGCCUAAAGGCAGGAGUUGUUUGUUGCCCAUUCCUGGGCAUUCCCUAACUUUGUGCCUUCUCUCUUCUCUCCCGCCUCUCCCCCAUGCUGGCAUGAUCAUGGCUGCCAGCUCCUGGCCCCUGCGCUGUGCCCACAGUCUUCCUCUUCCAUCUCUGCCCACCUCCCGCUCGUCCUUACGCUUCGCUGGCCUCCAGAGCUCUGCCACCCCCUCCUCCCCGCCCUGGGCAGCACCAGCCCAGCCCUGUUGUUCUCUCACUGAGCGCUUGGCAGGCAGCCAAACUCUAUAAUUUAACAGCAAAAGUUGGGGGGUCGUCUUAUACGCCCAGUCGCCUAAUACGCCAGCAUCUACGGUACCUUCUUUGCUGAGGCCUAAGAUUUACCUUUAAGGUUGCUAGAAAACCUAUACUUUACAUAAGCAUCCCACUUGCUGUCCCCACCCCGAAAAAUUGCAGAACACAGAAGAGUUGCACUUUUCUGUACUCCUUGUUCAUAUGGCUUAAUUGUUAAACCAUGUGGGUGAGAAGUGUCUGUUCAUGAAAGUAGUAUGAAAGUGAGGUUUUCCGCACUAACCAAAUUUGCAACCCAAUCUUGGUAAGUGUACUGCAGACAUUGGCUGUGCAUUCAGUGUAAACACCCACCCCAUUUAAACUGUCUUUUGUAAUAGUUGAUCAUAUUAUUGCAUGACAAGUAAGACUUGCUACCAGGCAGGGAAGCUUUACAAAAGCUGCAGUUUAGGGGGGGUUUUGUUUUUGUUUCAAACACGUUUAGCUCCUAGGAAGUGGGUCUUCUGUGUCUUCCAUUGCUACAGCCCUAAACCGUCAUGUCCCCAUUGCAAACCCCACUGAAUUGAAAAACAGAUGGUGGUGUGAUGGGGAGAAACAAGGUGAAAUCUGGUGUGUACACAAGCCCUCAUAUACACAAAUAAACACAGCCUUCCCAGUAGUUGCACCUGCCCUGUGCAAUGCCCUCCCAUCAGAUGUUAAGGAAAUAAACCACUAUCUGACUUUUAGAAGACAUCUGAAGCCAGCCCUGAAUAGGGAAAUUUUUUAACGUUUUAAUUAAUUUUUAAUAUCUUACUGUGUUGUAAUUCUUUGGAAGCUGCUCAGAGUGCCUGGAGUAGCCCAGCCAGGUGGGCAGCAUUUAAAUUAUUAUUAUUAUUAUUUUACUUUAAAAAAAAAAAAUUAUUAAGGAUUUUCUUGUUUUACAGAAGUGUAGUGCCUCGGAUUUUUUUCCCCAUGUAACAUUUUUACAAAUCCGUUUCAUUUGUUGAGGCAUUAGGGGGAGAAGAAAAAAAAAGAAAAAAGAAAAUGGGGGGGUGGAGAGAGGGAAGAUGGAUGGGGGUGGGGUCGGGUGGCGGUGUUUCUAUUAUGUUUAAUGUAUGUAGAGUUUGGUGUCAGCGUUGCUUGUGUUGUUCACUUGUGUUCCUUUGGUGGUGAGAGAGGUUGAAAUUAUUAUUAUUAUUAGACAGGAAAUUGAAAAAUCCCGUCAUUUUAGGGAAGACUGGUGGCCUGUAAUGCCAGCUUUGGCAAAAGUAUUUAAAAUAAUUGCCUCAAAAAUAGCGGCUUUUGUGCAAAGUGAAGAAAAACAAGUAAGCCCAUUAGGAAGGAAAUACUAAUUAUUUUUGUUAUUUGUAGGGAAGACGGGGUUCAUUAUUGGUUUUCUGUAUUACCCAUUAUGAAAACUCAAUAAAGCAAUAAGGUGUAUGUAUUUUUUUUUAAGUUUCCUCUGUUUUUUUGUAGCAUUAGCCAGGUGCUUUUGUGUCUCUGAUGGGAAUGUGCUAUAAAAGUGUGUAUGCAGGUAGAUUAUACGUUUGCUUUUUGGUACAGUCAUUCAUGAGCUUUUAGAAUCAAGAGGGGAAAUUGAGGGGGAAUAACUGCUCAAUAUAUAUGAGACUAGUUUAUGUACAUCUAAUCUCUGUAUGACUGAGUUCGCUUUUAACCGAAUUGGUUUUUGUUACCUUCUGGUUUCUGGUCUUUAGGGCAGAUAUUAUAUCUCAGAGACUCAGCAGCAUAG